UAGUUACGCCAAGUUAAAAAUGUAUGUCUAUUGUAUUAUCACAUGAUUAAAUAGCUACAAAUGUACUUCCUACGACGGACGCUCGUAAAAAAUAAAUUGCCUGACAUGACAAUAAUACGUACAUACCUGUCACGAAACCAUAUACACACACCCACACCCCUACACACACACGCACACACAUACACACAUGAAUAUACACGAAAACACUCACACGUACGUGUCCAUACUGUUUUCCUAUAUUAUUGGUAUCGAUAACCACCGGCCGUUGUCACCGUAAAACGUGUAAACACUGUAGCCAAGCGUGCUACAGUUGACUUACCAAAAUGUUUCCCAUCUAUCGCUGUUCCAAUAAUCAUAUAUCAUUUUUAUCAUCACACUAGUCGUCAUAGUCGCAUUACCGGUGCUGUGAAUUUAUAUAGACGGCUUUGUAUUUCGCGUAAUCACAUUCAGUUGUAUCCGUAGCCACACCGUUUCCGUUUCGACCACCGAGAAAUGCGUCGUCGCCUCGCCGCAGUGUUCCGCAGUAGGUGGUUGCGAUGUGCGAUGGCCGCUCUGGCCCUCAACUACGCGGCCGAAUGCGUGGCCCGCAACGAACCGUACUGGGAAACGGACGUGGCCUACCUGCACUGGUCAACCGACGUACCAGCGGUCACCGUGUGCCCCGCAGCUUCCGGUUCUCCGGCAGAUCACCUUCGACCACCGACGCCGAGUAACCCAAUGUUCAAUGAGAUUGACAAUACCUUAAGUAUAAAUAUAAUAAAACGGACGAGCGAGUUUAAAAAAAAGGAUAGUUUUGUAUUUUGUAAAAAUAUGUUUAAACAUUGUUCGUGGAAUGGAAAAGCAUUCAACUGUUGCAGACAUUUUCAACCACACCGAUUCAUCAUUGAAACCCCCUGUUUUUGCAUAAAUUCUCUACAAACAGUUAACAAGAAAAAGAAAUUAGUCGUAAGCCAUUUUUCGAAAAAUGGAGAGUUAAAAAUGGAAUUCAAUGAGCCAGUUGAGAUUUCACUGCACAGUUCGGUAGACGUACGAUUUGGGGAGUUACAGCAACAAUACGUUACGAUAAACGCGGGCGACGAAAUGGAACUGUUGUAUACGACCCGUCAAAUCGUCGAGGACGUUUCGUUGGUAGCUUUGGACUUGACCAAACGUGGAUGUUUGUUGCAAGACGAGAGAAAGUUAUUUCAUCACCACGUUUACAGUAAAUCCGCCUGUUUACUAGAGUGUGCUUUGCGCCGACCCGAAGUAUACGCUAAUAAUUAUACGUUGUGCGAUUGCCCUCCAACAUGCGCAGAAAUGGAAAUAAAUGCCGUAUGGAAUGGAACCCAAAGAUCGGUCGAUAAUGUUACAAGAAGCAUUCUCACGAUGACAAAACCAGCAACGGAGCGAUUGGUAAUGAAAGCCAGAAAAGAUUACGUUGAUUUAAUAGUUAUCGUUGCCUGUAUGUUACAAUUGUUCACUGGAAUAAAUCUGUUGGACAUUCCAAAAUUUAUAUUCAAGAAAACUAAACCCUGAAAUUAUAUAACUUUUAGUAGAUAUAAUUUAAGUUAAAUUUAAAAUGAUCGUUACAUUUUUAUUAUUUAUUCAUAAUCCAACAUUCAAUAACUUAUUCGAUUUUUUUGACAAAUUAUUAUUGAUUUAAUAUAAAUAAGUUUCUAUCAAAUAGUAGCUUUAA